AUGGCGCCAAGGAUAGCCGGACGACCCCGAGGAAGGGGAAGAGGACGUGGUAGAGGGCCGAACCCCGAACCCGAGGGACAACGCGUAAACCCUCCGCCACCAUCUCCACCUCAAUCACCUUCACCCCCACCUGCCCCGACAGUGGAUAGAACUGUCGUUAACACCUUUCUGAAAAAGAAGCCGCCAACAUUUGACGGAAAGGGCGACCCCGCUGAAGCGGAAUCGUGGAUACGUGCGCUAGAGCGCCUGUUUGACUUACUGCAAUGCACAGACGAUGAGCGCUUGAUUUGUGCCUCACUCCAACUGACAGGGUCAGCAGAUUAUUGGUGGGAGGCCCACAAAAAGAUAAUGACCCCGCAGCUGCUAGAGGACCUAACUUGGGAUCAGUUCAAGACAGGAAUCUACGACAAAUACAUCCCCAAGAGCUAUAAAAAGCAGAAAGAAAUAGAGUUCUACAACUUGAAACAGGGACGAAUGUCAGUGACAGAAUAUGAUCGCACUUUCUUAGACCUCUCCAGGUACGGAGCUGAUCAAGUGGAUACGGAUGAAAAGAUGUCCGAGAAAUUUUGUACUGGCUUGAGGCACGAAAUAAGAGUAGCAUUGGCUAGCCGUGGCGGACUACCAUAUUCCGAAGCUCUAAAACUGGCCUUAGACAUUGAAGCUGCAUUGCCUAAAGAAAGACCUGCACCCAACCCUACAAAUAUGUCACUGCAGACCUCGUCCCAAACCCCAAGGGACAAAAAGAAGUGGGAAGGAAACCAGAACCAGUGGGGACAAAAGAAGCCAUGGCAUGGACCACCCCGCCCACAAAACUUUGCAAGGCAGCCUACCUUUAAACCGACAGGAAUCACUCAACCAAGGCCCAAUCUUUGUCCCAAAUGUAACAAGCCCCACAGCGGAAUCUGCAGGGCCGGAGAAAUGACUUGUUAUACUUGUGGAAAGUAUGGCCAUAUCGCCAGAAACUGUCAAAAUGGACCCUAG